AUGGAUGCGUCGGACCCAGAAUUCAUAGUGAGGGCUUCACAACCAGCUAAACAUAUUGAUUUAAGCAUAUCAUCGACAUCUGAGAAACGAACAAUCAAUGUUGUUUUUAUUGAACGGGCAGAAAGUAGAUGUUGUGGUGACUGGAGGUAUAGAGUGUACUUGCAAUUACGACGAGCAACCUUAGAAGGACAAAUGGUAUCGACGAUACAAAAUCUUAUACUCCUCGCCGGUUAUGCAUUACAUAUAGAGUUUGGGGAGUUUAACUACAGAGAACAUGGCACCGCUGAUUACUUUCUACUAGAACAUUAUUUGCCAGAAUUCAUGAUAACACCUGAUAUGGCUGAUGUUAAGCUGAAAAUGAAGCGGGCUCACGAAUCUCGACGCGGGUUGGAGAAGAGCAAGGCCAUAAUAAACUAUAUAACGUUAGCUCAAACAUUUAGGGACUAUGGUGCACAUUUCUAUUCAGCGGUUUGGGCUACGAGAGACGGCUUCUGUAGAGACGUGUGGCUUUCAAUAGGACCGAGAGGUGUCACACUAUAUUCCAGAAAUAACAUCUCCGAAGAAACAUCCAACACUGUUCGCAUAGUGUUACAGAGUCUGCCGUGGCAUCACAUUCAUACGUUCUAUUAUAACAAAAAAAGCCUAUAUAUUAUGCCAAACGCCUAUUCGGGGCUGUCCAAAAUAGGCAUCAAAUAUAAAUUAAAAAUGUCGGACAACAAAAGCUUUUUCGCAUAUUGGCUUGCAUCUUUCCAUCACAGGCUCUAUUUAAAAUUAUAUGCAAAAGAGGAUUUCAUCAAUUAUUUGUCAAGUGAACUCAAUUGCCCUAUAAAGACGGUGAAUAGUCCAAAGAAAUCGAUAGAAUGCAGUAAUUAUCAGGAUAGUUACAAUUUGGCUGUCAGAAAACCCGUCGAGGGUUCGGAGGCCGGUCAGGAGAAGAUUCAAAGUUGA